AUGGUUGGGCUUGGAGCGCUUAUUCUCAUCCUUCCACAUUUCAUCGAUGGUCUUUACGAGGUAGGAGCUCUGAAGUCAGAUGUUUGCGAUGCUAACAGGGAAAAUAGCAGUUGUGAUGCUCAACAGAAGACUAGCAUCUAUUCGUAUCCGCUACUGCUAGCAUCUCAGCUUUUCAUUGGAUUCGGUGCUGCACCUCUAUUUACCUAUGGUUACAGUACUAUAGAUGAGUUCGAUUCACAAAAGAGAACUGGAAACAAUAUGGGUGAGUGA